UGAAACACGCAGAAAUCAGUCUGAGAGUGUUUAGUCUUUAAUAUAAUGAUGGACUGAAUCUGAAGGAAGAAAUGGUUAACAGAGGAGUGUUUAUAAUCUCUCUGUCUUUGUGCUCCUCCUCCAAAACCACCUCCUCAUACACACAGAGAACCAGGAAGUUCAUUUCAAAGGAAACGAAACUCAGAGUUCAGUGCAGUGUCUCUCUCUCUCUCUCUCUCUCUCUCUCUCUCUCUCUCUGUGAGUUCAGGAAAAUGGCCGAGGCCAGUAUUUCAGUAGAUCAGCUUUCAGUGGAUCAGUUCAGCUGUCCAGUGUGUCUGGAUCUCCUGAAGGAUCCGGUGGCGAUCCCCUGUGGUCACAGUUUCUGUAAGGUGUGUAUUAAUGGCUUCUGGGAUCAGGAGGAUCAGAAGGGCGUCUACAGCUGUCCUCAGUGCAGAGACACUUUCACUCCGAGGCCUGUUCUACGCAGAAACAACAUGCUGGCUGAAGUGGUGGAGAAACUGAAGAAGACUGAAGUCCAAGCUGCUUCUCCUGCUCACUGUUACGCUGGACCUGGAGAUGUGGAGUGUGAUUUCUGCACCGGGAGAAAACACAAAGCCGUCAAGUCCUGUCUGGUGUGUGUGGCUUCUCUUUGCGAAACUCAUUUAAAACCUCAUCUUGAAAUUCCUGCUUUGAAAAAGCACAAGUUACUCGAAGCUUCUGCAAAGCUACAAGAGAAGAUCUGCUCUGAACAUAACAAGCCGAUGGAGAUCUACUGUCGUAGCGAUCAGACCUACAUCUGUUACUUGUGUACGAUGGAUAAUCACAAAGGACACGACGCCGUCACAGUCACAGCAGAAAGAGCCGAGAAACAGAGAGAGUUAAAGGAGGAGCAGAUGAAAUCCCAGCAGAGAAUCCAGGAGAAGCAGAAGAAGGUGCAGGAGCUGAAACAGGCUGUGAACACUAUAAAGCUCAGUGCACAGACAGCAGUGGAGGACAGUGAGAGGAUCUUUACUGAGAUGAUCGGCUCCAUGGAGAAAAGGCGCUCGGAGGUGACGGAGCUGAUCAGAGCUCAGGAGAAGGCCGAACUGAGUCGAGCUGAACGACUCCUGGAGCAACUGGAGCAGGAGAUCGCUGAUCUUCAGAGGAGAGUCACUGAGCUGGAGCAGCUUUCACACACACACGAUCACCUCCACUUCCUCCAGGAAAUAAAGGUUUUAGUCUCCGGCCGUCGCUCGCCCGACUUUACUAGACCAGGUUUUCAGUCUGAUCUCCGUGAGGACUCACGCAGCAUCGCUGUCAGUCAACAUCUCUCAUUUGAUGGAGUGAGGGAAUCUCUCUCUGCUCUGAAAAAGAGACUCGAGGAAUUCUGCCAGGAGGAAUUCAUCAGAAUCCCUGAACACGCUGCAGCAGUUCAGAUCAUUUUACCCCCAGAACCAAAGAGCAGACAAGAUUUUCUGCAGUAUUUCUGUGAUCUGACUCUGGAUCCCAACACAGUAAAUUAUAACCUCAUUCUGUCUGAGAGGAACAGAGCGGUGACGUGCAGUGAGAGAAAUCAGCAGUACUCUGAUCAUCCAGAGAGAUUUGACUCCUACCCUCAGGUGUUGAGUAAGGAGAGUGUGUGUGGACGCUGUUACUGGGAGGUGGAGUGGAGCGGUGAUGAUGUGUCCAUAUCAGUCUCAUAUAAAGACAUCAGCAGGAAAGGACGGGGUAAAGAGCGUGUGUUUGGAGGCAACAAUCAGUCCUGGAGUCUGUGGUGUUCUUCUUCUUCUCUCUUUUUCUCUCACAACAACAUUGAGACUGAUCUCGGAGUUCCAUCAUCCUCCAGAAUAGGAGUGUAUGUGGAUCACAGUGCAGGAACUCUGUCCUUCUACAGCGUCUCUGACACGAUGAAGCUCCUCCACAGAGUCCACACCACAUUCACUCAGCCUCUAUACGCCGGGUUCAGGCUGCGCUCUAGUAGAUCAGCUGUGAGAUUACGUGAUCCAGAAUAAAAUAUCAGAAAUGUGAUUUUAUUGAAUUAAAAUGAGCAACUUUACUUUUUUAUAUCAAGCUUAAUUCCAAUGUAAUAUGAGGCAUUUAUUUGUGAUUUCCCAAUUUUCCUUUAUAACGUUAGAUCUUUCCUCUGUCUUUUAGGAGAUUUCAGUAUUACACAGUAAUGCUUGAAAGUUUGUGAACCCUUUAGAAUUUUCUAUGUAUCUGCAUAAGACCUAAAACAUCAUCAGAUUUAGACAAAUCCUAAAAGUAGAAACUAUUAUACUUGGUCAUUUAUUUAUUCAGGAAAAUGAUCCAAUAUUAGACAUGUGAGUGGUAAAAGUAUGUGCACCUUUGCUGUCAGUAUGUGGUGUGACUCCUUGUGCAGUAAUAACUGCAGAUAAACGUUUGGGGUAAGUGUUGAUCGGUCCUGCACAUCGGCUCGGAGGAGUUUUAUCCCGUUCCUCAGUACAGAACAGCUUCAACUCUGGGAUGUUGGUGGGUUUCCUCACAUGAACUGCUCGCGUCAGGUUCUUCCACAACAUUUCUAUUGGAUUAAGGUCAGGACUUUGACUCGGCCGUUCCGUUCCAAAACAUUACCUUUAUUCUUCUUUAACCGUUCUUUGGUUGAAAGACUCGUGUGUUUAGGGUCGUUGUCUUGCUGCAUGAUCCACUUUCUCUUGAGAUUCAGAUCACGUACAGAUGUCCUGACAUUUUCCUUUAGAAUUCUCUGGAAUAAUUCAGAAUCCAUUGUUCCAUCAAUGAUGGCAAACCGUCCCGGCCCAGAUGCGGCAAAACAGCCCCAAACCAUGACACUACCAGCACCACGUUUCACAGAUGGGAUAAGGCUCUUAUGCUGGAAUGUAGUGUUUUCCUUUCUCCGAACAUAAUGCUUGUCAUUUAACCCAAAUAUUAUAUUUUGGUCUCAUCCAUCCACAAAACAUUUUUUCAGUAGCCUUCUGGCUCGUCCAUGUGAUCUUUAGCAAACUGCAGAGGGGCAGCGAUGUUCUUUCUCCUUGCAACCCCGCCAUGUACACCAUUGCUGUUCAGUGUUCUCCUGAAGGUGGGCUCAUGAACAUUAACAUUCGCCAACGUGAGGUCCCUCACUCACACCUGAUCAUCAUCCCAUUGAUUGAAAACACCUAAAUAUAAUUUCACCUUCAAAUUAACUGCUAAUCCUAGACGUUCACAUACUUUUGCCACUCACAGAUAUGUAAUAUCGGAUCAUUAUAUAAUAUUUUUGUUUCAUUUGUUUAAUUGGGUUCUCUUUAUCUACUUCUAGGACAAAAUCCGAGGAUGUUUUCGGUCAUAUUCUGCUUCAAUACUGUGUUAAAAUUCAUGUUGGUCUACUCAUUAAUCUUACAUAUGAAUCAUCAUGACUGUACUUAUACUGUAUAUAUUCAGUUGGAUGGAUUCUUGGAUAACAAAAUAAAAAAUAUAUUUAAAUAUG